CCGCGAGAGGCUGGUGUGAAGAGCCGCAUCUCAAUGAGGGUUGGGCUAAUGCAAAUCACUGCAACCGGCAGCAGCAGAAGAAAGGCGAAGCAGCUGCAGCCCGGGCUCCCCAGCAGCGCUGUCCAGCCGGGGGAGGCGUAACAAAGGCAUCCGAGCCGCUUUCUGCGGCAACUAUUGCGAUUAAAGUCGGGUGGUCGCCGGGGGGGGGGAGCCGCUGCUUUUCAGCCGCUUCCCAUUUCGAGCCGCCGCCUUCCCUCCGCGCCCAGCCGGCGGAUCUGCGGGGAAAGGUGCUCGCGAGGCUCCGCAGAGCAGAUUGAACUUCAAGAUGUCCUUUGGGAGAGAUAUGGAGCUGGAGCAUUUUGAUGAGCGUGAUAAAGCGCAGCGGUAUGGCAGAGGGUCCCGGGUAAAUGGUUUGCCUAGCCCUACCCACAGUGCCCACUGCAGCUUUUACCGAACCCGUACUCUACAGACCCUCAGUUCUGAGAAAAAAGCUAAGAAAGUUCGUUUCUAUCGUAAUGGAGACCGGUAUUUCAAAGGAAUUGUGUAUGCCAUCUCCCCUGACCGGUUUAGAUCCUUUGAGGCUCUGCUGGCUGAUCUGACCCGAACUCUGUCUGACAAUGUGAAUCUGCCCCAGGGGGUGAGAACAAUCUACACAAUUGAUGGCUCCAAGAAGAUUUCCUCCUUGGACCAGCUAGUAGAAGGGGAAAGCUAUGUAUGUGGUUCAAUAGAACCCUUCAAGAAACUGGAGUACACGAAGAAUGUAAACCCAAACUGGUCAGUCAAUGUUAAGACAACUUCUACUUCCCGUUCAGUGCCGUCUCUUGCCACUGCCAAAGGAGGCACUCCAGAUGCAAAAGAGAAUAAGGAUUUCAUUAGGCCUAAGCUAGUCACUAUCAUCAGGAGUGGAGUGAAACCACGCAAAGCAGUCCGGAUUCUGCUUAAUAAGAAGACAGCACAUUCGUUUGAACAGGUUCUUACUGAUAUAACAGAUGCCAUCAAGCUGGAUUCAGGAGUGGUUAAACGCUUGUACACACUAGAUGGAAAACAGGUGAUGUGCCUUCAGGAUUUCUUUGGUGAUGAUGACAUCUUUAUUGCAUGUGGACCAGAAAAGUUCCGUUACCAGGACGAUUUUUUGCUGGAUGAAAGUGAAUGUCGGGUAGUGAAAUCCACUUCCUAUACCAAAAUAGCUUCAGCUUCACGUAGGAGCACCACCAAGAGCCCAGGCCCAUCUCGACGCAGCAAGUCUCCUGCCUCGACCAGCUCAGUGAAUGGAACCCCUGGUAGCCAGCUUUCUACUCCCCGCUCUGGGAAGUCUCCAAGCCCAUCUCCCACCAGCCCAGGAAGUCUACGGAAACAGAGGAGCUCCCAACACAGUGGCUCCUCUACCUCAUUAGCAUCCACCAAAGUUUGCAGCUCUAUGGACGAAAAUGAUGGACCUGCAGAAGAAGUGUUGGAGGAAGGCUUCCAGGUUCCAGCAUCAAUAGCAGAGCGAUAUAAAGUUGGAAGGACUAUAGGAGAUGGAAAUUUUGCUAUUGUGAAGGAGUGUAUAGAAAGAUCAACUGGUAGAGAAUAUGCUCUGAAAAUAAUCAAAAAAAGUAAAUGUAGAGGAAAAGAACACAUGAUCCAGAAUGAGGUAUCUAUUUUGAGACGAGUCAAACAUCCCAAUAUUGUACUUCUGAUUGAGGAGAUGGACAUGCCAACUGAAUUGUACCUGGUCAUGGAACUUGUAAAGGGAGGCGAUCUUUUUGAUGCUAUUACUUCCACCAACAAAUACACAGAGCGGGAUGCCAGUGGGAUGCUUUACAAUCUGGCCAGUGCCAUUAAGUAUCUUCACAGCUUGAACAUUGUUCACAGGGAUAUCAAGCCUGAGAAUCUGCUGGUUUAUGAACACCAAGAUGGAAGCAAAUCUCUGAAGCUAGGAGACUUUGGCCUAGCAACAAUUGUGGAUGGACCUCUUUAUACUGUUUGUGGGACCCCAACAUAUGUAGCUCCAGAAAUCAUUGCUGAAACUGGAUAUGGCCUGAAGGUGGACAUCUGGGCAGCGGGUGUGAUUACCUACAUCCUGCUCUGUGGUUUUCCUCCAUUCCGUGGAAGUGGAGAUGACCAAGAAGUGCUUUUCGAUCAGAUUUUGAUGGGACAGGUGGAUUUUCCAUCUCCAUAUUGGGACAAUGUUUCUGAUUCUGCAAAGGAACUUAUCACAAUGAUGCUUCAAGUAGAUGUAGAUCUGCGAUUCUCAGCCUUGCAAGUUCUUGAGCAUCCAUGGGUUAAUGAUGAUGGCCUUCCAGAGAAUGAGCAUCAGCUAUCAGUGGCUGGGAAGAUAAAGAAGCAUUUCAACACAGGCCCUAAACCGAACAGCACGGCAGCUGGAGUUUCUGUCAUAGCACUGGACCACGGGUUUACCAUCAAGAGAUCAGGGUCUUUGGACUACUACCAACAACCAGGAAUGUAUUGGAUAAGACCACCGCUCUUGAUAAGGAGAGGCAGGUUUUCCGACGAAGACGCAACCAGGAUGUGAGGGGAUGUUUUAAGGCACAGCAAGCUCCACCUGAACUCAACUCCGAAUCGGAAGACUAUUCACCAAGUUCAUCCGAGACUGUUCGCUCACCUAACUCACCCUUUUAAUAAAACACUUUUACCCAAAAGUCUUGGCUUUAACCCUUUGAGCCCUGAAAAUCCUUCAGACCUGUGUGAAGUGAUUACAUCUGGUCUAUCUAGUGCUAAAUGCUUGAAUGGUGGAACACAAAAGGGUGUUUACAGAAUCUUUGUAAGAAUAAUUUCCUAAUUGAUUGAAAUACUUGUUCUCUGUUUAGAUUGCAACUUGCUGCUAAUAUGAUCCUCAAAGGGUUAAGGCUAUUUUGCUUUUUUAUUUAAAGACAGAAGCAGUGAAUGUUUUCAUCAGUGAAGCUAGGAACUGCAGUAUGUAAUUUUAGCACAUGUUAACCCUCUGAGUAAACGAUCAACUUUAUCUUGACAGCCCACACUAGGGUUUUAUUCUGGCUUUUUUGCUUUUAUACGCACAUAUCUUUUAUAGUACCCUAAAGUUCCCUGCCUCUUUCUGGCCAAAACAAUAUCAAACACACUGUUGCUUAGGGGCUGCAAAUAUGGGCUGUAAAAACAAAAAUAAAAUGAAACAAACAGUAUCUUCUACAGCGGCUCAUUGUAAACCUGCUUCAUGCUUCCAUAGAAGAGUGACUGGUUUUGGAGGAUGUUAUGCAGGGUAAAUGGGAAAUUCAGUUUAGGGUGGUCUCAUAGUUUACAGGAGAUGACAUGAUGAUGGCCUCAAAAGGUUGCUCCCAUAUGAUUUGCUGCUAAUGACAGUGCAGGGUCUUGGGAAAUGGCUUGGGGACACAUUCUGUCGUGUAAUGGUAUGUAAUGAUCUAGCUUAAAAGUUCCAGGUUCCUUUGCCUCAUGUUCAGAAAGGUACAGAGAGCCUCUCAGCGUGACCUGGUUAUUCCAUAGAUAGCCACGGUUGUUCCUGUGGAGAGAGUCACUUUUAAAGAUUAACAUUAAUGAGAAUUACCCUUAAAAUAGCUAGAGGAUUUCUAAAUUGAGGAAAAAGCAAGUCUUUUAAAAUAUUUUUAGAGCUGUGGACAAAAGCCUUUUCUAAACUGAAUUGGUGAAAGUUUCAUCUUAGAAUGGAGAAACUAAAAAUGAUUUACCAGUCUAUUUAUUAUCUUUAAUAAAAUGAGCAUUUAUACAGAGUAUAUAUAUUUCUGGUUUGUUAAAACCUCAAGACAGCUUUAUAGUAUAUUAUUUAAUCAUUAUUGUAAAGUUGGCUUCCACAGAAAUAUUAUGCUUUGUAAAUUUUGGUUUCAAAUAUGAUAAUUUGGAUGAAAAAUGAUUAUAAAUUCACUCAGAAUUUCACUUGAAAGAAAAAUGGCACACUUCCAAAAUCCUAUUCUAAAAUAAAAAAUAACAUUAUGAAAUUUAUUCUUUCUCUUAUUACUUAUAUAAGAUUGACCAUAUUUGAAGUUUUCUCCUCUAACGUUUUGUCAUGGCAUUUUUUGUCACAUAAAUGUGGUUUACCUUCUCUCUCUCUUUCUUUCUUUCUUUGUUUCUCUUUCUCUCUCUUUCAUAUCUCACAGAUAGAAUUAUUAAUGUGCUGCCCAAAGAGAGAGGCAGAUUUUGCUGAUCUUUCUGGGAAGUAUAAAUAAAGUUUGGAGGAGCAGGGCAAGUUGCUCAUAAUGCAAUUUCUAUUCUGAGUUGUGUUUACUCACAGAACUAUUGCUAAAAGCAGUUGUGGCACUGAAUGUGUACCUGCAGCUUGUUGGCUUCAGUAUAACACGCUUCUGCAUUUCUAGCUUCAAGUAUAAGUUGAACCAUCUUUUAAGAAACAUUGAAAUUGCUUUGUUUCUCCAUCCUUCAAAAUGCAUCUUUCAUUUCUUCAGACACAAGAAUUUAUAUAUUAAAAGCUUUGAAGAUUUUUUUUAUACAGGAAUUUCAAUCUUGUGCAUCUUCACACAAGUGCUACAGGAAUUUCUCACAGAAUGCAAUUCAUUUCACCCAACUUUAAUAACCUAAAAGUGAGACAUUUAGUCUAAAGUAGAUCUCUAGACUUCCUUGUCAGUAAAGAGAUGGGCAUUUCCAAGUCUGAUUCAUCUCAUCUAUCACAGACGUGUAUUUUAGGAAUACUCAUGCUUUGGAGACACCUACUGCUCUCACUCUACUGUACAAGGAACCUACUGGUGGAAGCUUACAUAGACACCAAACUUCAGAAUAUUAAGUUUAGUAAAAUGAAUCUUACCCUAAGCCAUUAGGAAACUCUAAUCUCUGAACGUACAUCAUGGGCAGAAGCUUUGUGCUUGUGCAUGACCUCUGUUACUUUAUUUAAAACACAAGGUAAAGUAUGAAUCUGCAUCAGGUUGUAGGGUUUAUGUCUUUAUGACUGACUAAUGUGUAAUUAACAGUGGUCUGUUGGCUAAAGGUCAACAUUUUAACCCACGUGAAGUGACUAGGUGGCUUGCUGGCGAGCUCCACUGGGGCAACAAGAGAAGGUAUAAAGGAACUGCCAUGCAAAAGUGCUCGAAUGUCCGGAUUUGGGAAGGGCCUGCAUCUGUGGUAGAUCACUGACCAUGCCCAGCCAACCUUGGAGGCACAUAGUAGAUAGGGCAGAGUCACAGCUGUUGUGAUGAUGAUGUCUAGUCUGGUAACAUUCAGCUAGGACAAGGAAUUUUUUUUCCCCCUGGAACCAAACCCUCAGCCAAAGUAAAUCCUCCCUUGCCACCUACUUACAUCAAUUUAGAGUAGGAUGGGAUCUGGCACAUGUUCUUUCAGCCUUGCCUUUCCCACAUUAUAUUACAGCCUUCCCUUUAGAUACAACUCAACCAUGUAAAUGCAAGACAUAUAUUUGGUAAUAAAAAAUUGUCCAUUAAUACCACAUGCUCCUUGACUAUUGGGAAAAUUUGGCAGUCUUAAAACAAAGGCCGGUGUUCAUUCUUCUUAAUUAGAGAGGGAAGUCAAGAGGAAAAAAAAAAAAAAGCUUCACCUCAUGCAUGCAAAAUACUAUUCAAAAACCUGUCUCUUCUGCUUUGCCUUGGAAUCUAGGGUCAUCAUUAAAAUAAGGUGUUUGGCUCCUCCAUCUUUCACCAUCUUGUACUGCUUAAAAUGUAUGUGAAAAUAAUCCCAGAUCCUAAAAUCCCUACUCGUCCCCAACAUCUUAUGUGCUUCUAAUCUUUGGUUCAUGUUUUAUGAACAUAACUAUAAAAAUCUUUAUUUUAAGUUAUUUUUAGGUCUGUGAAGGAUUGGGUUUCAAAUUGCUGAUAGACCCUUUUAGACUUCAAGGAAAGGUAUUGGAAUAUUUAAACUAUUUUAAAAGAGGUAUCCAUGGUGGUUUUAAUAUACCCAUAUAUAUAUAUAUGUAUAUAUAUGCAUGUGUGCAUAUCUAUAUAUAUAUGUAUGUAUGUAUGGUUUCAUGGAAAUAAUAAUGGUUUAGGCUUGUUUGCCAGCUUCUACCCUUUUUCUUUUCUAAUGUCUGAAUUCCUGGGGGUAAGUGGAGACAGAAUACAUGGCCCUAAAAAUACUCGAAACACCGGUGAAAAAAGGAAUCAAAGAUAACAGACUACUACUGAUGUGAUAGUCUGAGAGAGCACACAGCACACCGUGGUCAUUUUACUGUAAUACUUACCGGUCCUCCUGACUUUUUUCUUCGUUUCCCUUUCAGAUCAUUGCAUCGUAUUGGUGCUGAAUGUGACAGAAAUAUUUUUUUAAUGCUUAUUACAUAUACAAGGACAACUUCCUCCCUCCUAUGUCUAUGUAGUUAAUUGAGGCACUUAAGGAUGGCAGACAUUGUCGGCUCUAUCUAUCACCAAGGAGAUAGAGAGAAGCACUUCCAGAGGGUGAUUCAGGUCAUCUAAUAUUUGGUCUCUGGAGAUGCCUGUCAGUCUGAACUUACUAUUAAAGAGAGAUUAGAGUAGGGUAGCUUCCAGCUUAGUUCCUCUCAAUUAAAUGCAAGUGGGGGUAACGUGGGCUGCAAUCUAAGUGCAAUAUUCUAGUGAGCUUACAUGCAGUAAGCAAACUUUGAAAUGAAAAUGUAGAACUGUAGGUGAUAGCACAGCAUUAGUUGGAUGGUUGUGUGCUGGGCUUCACUUCAUCUAGAUGUAUCCAUCCAAGAGUUAGGCAUUUAAUCUAAGCCGGUCAUUUAAGCUUCCCUUACAGUUCCUAGCGACUGGCUUCUCUAGGGGAUAAUUAAAAUUUUAGGAUGGAUGAGGCACCCACUAGAUGAGGUGCCUGUCCUAACUAUAUUUAGGACAUGAUUUAUUAAGUGAUUAUAUAUGUAAUAUUUCUGUUAGUAAUAAUUUUCAUAGCAUUAAUGUACAAAAAAUCCAGAAUACUAUGGUUGUACUCAGAGGGUUAACAGAAAAGCACAAGGCAUGCUGAUUACAUUGGUGUAUCCAAACUGCUUUGCUUUUUUAGCCAGUGUUUGCUGAUUUUUUCAGAAAAAUCUUGGAAAAAUUCAAGUUUGAAAUAAUUUAAGUGUUGUUGUUUAAGGAAUUUCUAUAACCAAAUUAAUCUUAUUUUUAGUUUAACUUAUCACAGGAAUAAUAUGUAUCAUUGAUGCAGUGUAAGUCUGUAGUUAUCAAUUUUAUUAAUUCCACAAGUGAUGCCAGAAAUCUCUCUUUUUUUAAGUACUUACUAUAGAGCUUACAAUGGUGGCAUAGGUGACUGAGACUGUCUUUCUUAUUGGUAAACAAACAAUAUUGUAAUUUCAAGAAAGUCCUAAGAAUCAGCUUUUCAGUUUGGUAGUGUACUAGUUAGGGGAAAGCUAUCUCAUGACAUGCAUUGUGUAAAUCAUCUUUGUAGAUGAAGAUCGUUCAUAUUAAUGAACACAUUCUUUUUCCUUGACAUUGUAGCAGAAACUGUUUACUUGUUAAUGAACAACCAAUACAUUAAUUUGCUUCAGACUGUUAGAGGGGAAAGUGAGAUUCCAGCCAUUGACAAUGUUAUUGCUUUACAGUAGCCCUCAUCUAAUUUAAAUGUGGUGCAUACUACAAUAAGCAAAGCCAAACCUGUGAAUAAACUCCUGAAAAAGC